AGAGAGGGGGAGAGAAAGAGAGAGAGAGAGAGUGAGAAAGAGAGCGUGUAUCCGGUGCACGGGACAUCCGAGCACACCGGCGAUCUGACCGCUCAAGCAGAUCUGGCCUCGGACACGUUUUAAAUGUGAUGCGCGUGAAAUCACUGGUGGACAAACCGUGUACCGACCGGUGUCAUCGAGUGUACCGAGCGUCGCUUUGCGCCACGAAUCAUCCUCCUUUUCUCCUCCUCCUCCUCUUCUUCUUCUCCUCCUCGCAUCCGCGCGCCGCGUACCUGACCGGAGGAUGCCCGAGAAACGAGACCGCGCCGAAUCCGUCCGGGAUUAUCCAUACACCGCAUGAGGAGCAUCUUUUCCCGCAUUGAUCGGAGGCACAAUCAUUCGUCUUUCGGAGCGGGUGUGCAGGGCUGCUUGAGGAAGCGGGCGCGAUGGCCAAUGCCUCAACAGACCUGGACAAUGCUGAGGCCCAGAGACAGCUCAACAACAACAACAGGCCAGCAGGCACAGGAUUCUGGGAAACACAGUCCACCAGCGCCAAACUGUUUGAGUGCUCCCGCAUCAAAGCACUAGCCGAUGAGAGGGACGCAGUACAGAAGAAAACCUUCACCAAGUGGGUGAACUCUCACCUGGCGCGCGUGUCCUGCCGUAUCUCUGACCUCUACAAUGACCUGAGAGACGGAUACAUGCUGAUCAGACUGCUGGAGGUGCUGUCAGGAGAGCUGCUGCCUCGGCCCACGAGAGGCAGGAUGAGGAUUCACUGUCUGGAGAACGUGGACAAAGCUCUUCAGUUCCUCAAAGAGCAGAGGGUUCAUCUAGAAAAUGUUGGAUCUCAUGAUAUAGUGGAUGGCAACCACCGCCUGACUCUCGGCCUCAUCUGGACCAUCAUCCUUCGCUUCCAGAUUCAGGUGAUUAAGAUUGAGACGGAGGACAACAGAGAGACUCGCUCAGCUAAAGAUGCCCUACUUCUGUGGUGUCAGAUGAAAACAGCGGGGUAUCCUGAGGUCAACAUUCACAACUUCACCACCUGCUGGAGGGACGGCCUGGCUUUCAAUGCUCUUAUUCACAGACACCGGCCUGAUUUAAUUGAAUUCCACAAGCUGACCAGAUCCAAUGCAACACACAACCUCCAGCAAGCCUUUAACAUCGCCGAACAGAAUCUGGGACUUACCAAACUACUAGACCCUGAGGAUGUAAACACGGAGAAUCCAGACGAGAAGUCCAUCAUCACUUAUGUAGUGUCCUACUAUCAUUACUUCUCCAAAAUGAAGGCGCUUAUCGUAGAAGGGAAGAGAAUCGGCAAGGUGCUGGACAAUGCUAUAGAAGCUGAGAAGGUAAUUCGGCGCUAUGAGGCUUUAGCAUCCGACCUGUUGGAGUGGAUUGAGAAAACCAUAAGCAUUAUUAGCAACCAGAAGUUUGCAAACUCGCUGUCGGGUGUUCAGCAACAGCUUCAAGCCUUUACCACCUACUGCACCAUCGAGAAGCCUAUCAAAUUCCAGGAGAAAGGGAACCUGGAGGUGCUGCUUUUCACCAUCCAAAGUAAGCUCAGAGCUAACAAUCAGAAGCCAUAUGUGCCUCAUGACGGAAAACUGAUCUCAGACAUCAAUAAGGCAUGGGAGAGACUAGAGAAGGCGGAGCAUGAGAGGGGCGUGGCUCUCAGAAAAGAGCUGAUUCGUCAGGAGAAACUUGAACUUCUUGCUCAGCGAUUUGAUCAUAAGACCACCAUGAGGCAGGCUUGGCUGAAUGAGAACCAGCGUCUCGUCUCACAGGAUAACUUCGGCUAUGACCUGCCAGCGGUAGAAGCUGCCAUGAAGAAACACGAGGCGAUCGAAGCGGACAUCUUAUCAUACGAGGAGCGCAUCAGUGUGGUGGUGGAGCUGGCCAAUGAGAUGGAGUCUGAAGGCUACUAUGACACCCGGCGGAUCUCGGCACGCAGGGAAAACAUCCUCGGCCAGUGGACUCUUCUGAAGAAGCUAGUGGUGGGACGUAAAGCCCGUCUGGAGAAGAACCUGGCCCUGCAGAAAACCUUCCAGGAGAUGGUCUACAUGAUCGACUGGAUGGAGGAGAUGCAAGUGAAGCUGCUGUCAAAGGACUAUGGCAAGCAUCUUCUGGAGGUGGAGGACAUGCUGCAGAAGCAGAGUUUACAGGAGGCCGACAUCUCCAUACAGGCAGACCGAGUUCAGACCCUCAACACUGCAGCUCUCAAAUUCACUACUAUUGAAGGUUACCAGCCGUGUGACCCUCAGGUAAUCUGUAAUCGGGUGAGCCACGUCAACACCUGCCUCGAGGAGCUGAAGCAGCUGGCAGCAAAGCGUCGCUCUGAGCUGGAGGACUCGCUGGAGCUCUGGGCCUUCUUUCAGGAGGUGGAGGAGUCUGAGUCCUGGAUCCGAGAGAAGAUGUCCAUCCUGGCCACGCAGAGCUGCGGUAAAGACCUGAGCAGCGUCCUACGGCUCUUGCAGAAACACAAGACGCUAGCCGGAGAGCUGCUGGCGCGGCGUGCACUCCUUCAGCAGACCAUGAAGAAGGGCAAGCAGAUCCUUACGCAGAAGAGCUUCGGCACAGCAGGAAUACAGGAGAGGCUGAUGGAGGCCAAGGGGGAGUGGAAGAGGUUGGAGGACCAGGCAGCGCAGAGACUGUGCAACUUGCAGGAAGCAUUAGACUUUUUUCAGUUCACCACCGAAAUGGAUGACCUACUAGCGUGGCUACAGGAUGCAUAUCGGCUCGUUUCCAGUGAAGACUUCGGACAUGAUGAGUAUUCAACACAAUCGCUCCUUAAAAAGCACAAAGGAGUGGGAGAGAACAUCGAUAAGCAUCGUGUGCAAGUGGUGGGCCUCCGGAAACACAUGGUGGCGCUGCCACUGCAGUAUCGGGAGCUGGACGAGGUGCGAGCGCGGAUGGCCGAGACGGAGCAGCUCUACACGGAGGUGGCCGAAGUGGCUGUUUUGCGGCAGCAGUGGCUUCUGGAUGCUCUGGCUGUGUAUCACAUGUUCAGUGAGGUGAACGCCUGCGAGGUGUGGAUCGACGAGAAGGAGCAGUGGCUGAACAAGAUGGAGGUCCCUGAGAGACUCGAGGAUGUGGAGGUCAUCGCGCACAGGUUUGAGAGCUUGGACCAGGAGAUGAACAGCCUGAUGGGAAGGAUACUAGAUGUAAAUCAGAUCGUCCAGCAACUUUUAGACAGCGGUCACCCCAGCUCAACUGAAGUCCGAGGCUGCCAGGAUCACCUAAACAGCAGGUGGAACAGCAUCGUGGAGCUGGUAGAGCAGAAGAAAGAUCAUCUGGACUCCAUCCUCCGCAUCCAGAACUACUUGCUGGAGUGCACCGAAAUCAAGUCUCAGAUUCAGGACAAACGGAAAGCCAUCGAUGCCACACAGUACGUGGGCAGUGACCUGGGCAGUGUUUUGGCGCUGCAGCGACGUCUCUCCACCAUGGAAGGAGCUCUUGCCGUCCUCGAACCCAAACUCCUCCAUCUUCAGGAAGAAGCAGAAGAGCUCGCAACGUCCCAUCCAGAGAAGGCCGUGGAGAUCCUAGUUCCCUUCGAAGGCAUCAGCGUGGAGUGGGAGGAACUAAAGCGGACGUUGCAAGGCUGCGAAGACUCUUUAACCGUCGCCGGCAGGUUGCAACAAUUCAUCCAGGAUCUGGAUUCUUUCCUCACCUGGUUGGUUCAAACUCAGACCUCUGCCGCUUCAGACGAGCUUCCCAAUGCUUUAGAGGACGCGGAACGACUGAUAAACCAGCACGCGGCUCUGAAGGAGGAGAUCGGACGUUACGAGGAGGAUUACGAGCGGCUGCAGGCGGUGAAUGAGCUGCUGGAGUCUGAGGAGGCGCCGCUGCCUCACGGAGCUCUGCAGCAGUGGCUCCACAAGCUGGACGUAGGCUGGAAUAAACUGCUGGAGAUGUGGGAGAGCCGCCGGGAGGUGCUGGUGCAGGCGCACAUCUUCCACCUGUUUCUGAGGGACGUCAAGCAGGCUGAAGCUUUCCUCAACAACCAGGAAUCAGCGCUGGCUCAUGUGGAGCUUCCCAGUACGGUGGAGACAGUGGAGGCGGCCAUCAAAAAGCACAAGGACUUCACCACCACCAUGGAGCUGAACCUACACCGCAUUAAAGCUGUGAUCGAGGCGGGAGAGAGUCUGAUCAGCCAGAACAACAUCUACUCGGAGCGCAUCAGAGAGAGAGUCGACCUGCUCGCCAACAGAGGGAACCAGAACCGACAGCACGCGCAGCAGUGGCUUCAUAAACUCAAUGACCAGUGGGAGCUGCAGAGGUUUCUACAGGACUGCCACGAGAUUGGUGAUUGGGUGGCAGAGAAGAUGCUAAUGGCUCGCGACACGUCCCGCGACGAGACGCAGAAGCUUCAUAAGAAGUGGCAGAAGCACCAGACCUUCAUGGCUGAACUGGCUCAGAACAAGGAAUGGCUGGACAAGAUGGAGAAAGAGGGCCAGCGGUUAAUGCAGGAGAAGCCGGAGCUGAGCGCGCUGGUCAAGAAGAAGCUGGAGGAGAUCCGCGAGUGCUGGCAGGAUCUAGAGAGCACCACGCAAGAGAAAGCACGGCAGCUGUUUGAGGCCAACCGGGCUGACCUGCUGGUGCAGAGCUACUCCAGCCUGGACCACAGACUGGAGCGGCUCGAGGACCAGCUGGCACAUGUGGAUUACGGCCAGGACCUGACCUCCGUCAACAAGCAGCUGAAGAAACUGCAGACAAUGGAGUGUCAGAUGGAGGAAUGGUAUAAAGAGGUUGGAGAUCUGCAGGCUCAGGCAGCCUCCAUCCCGCAGCAGGGGGAGGUGAUGGAGAAGGUGUCCGUGAAACAAACUGGUGUGGAAACGCGAAUCGUACGACUAAUUGAGCCUCUGAAAGAGAGACGUCGCAUCCUGCUGGCUUCUAAAGAAGUGCACCAAGUGGCCCGGGACAUCGAGGAUGAAAUUUUGUGGAUACAAGAGCGGAUUCCAAUGGCCACUACUCAGGAACACGGGACAAGUUUACAAGCUGUGCAGCAGCUCAUGAAGAAGAAUCAAACUCUUCAGCGAGAGCUUCAUGGCCACCGCUCGCGGGUGGAGGACGUUCUGGAGCGAGCAGGUCUGAUCUCUUCCAUCCGCAGUCCAGAGGCCGACAGCAUCCGGGCCGGCAUGGAGCAGCUCCAUCAGCUGUGGGAGGCGCUGUGGGCAGAGACGGAGCGCCGGCAGCUCAUGUUGGACGCCAUGUAUCAGGCGCAGCAGUACUACUUUGAUGUGGCAGAGGUGGAGGCCUGGCUGAGCGAACAAGAGCUGCACAUGAUGAAUGAAGAGACCGGGAAGGAUGAGGCCAGUACUCUGCAGCUGCUGAAGAAACAGCUGGCGCUCGAGCAAACCAUCGAGGACUAUGCAGAAACCAUCGGUCUGCUCUCUCAGCAGUGCAGACAGCUGCUGGAGCUCGGACAUCCAGACUGCGAGCAGAUCAGCAAGCGUCAGUCUCAGAUCGACAGGCUGUACGUGUCUCUGAAGGACUUGGUGGAGGAGAGAAAGUCUCGUCUGGAGCAGCAGUACUGGCUCUAUCAGCUCAACAGAGAAGUGGAUGAGCUGGAGCAGUGGAUCGCGGAGAGAGAGGUCAUCGCCAGCUCCACUGAACUCGGACAGGACUUCGAGCACGUCACGAUUCUGCAGGAGAAAUUUACAGAGUUUGCAGCUGAGACAGGCGGCCUGGGGCAGGAGAGGGUCACUGCUGUUAACCAGAUGGUGGAUGAGCUUAUAGAUUACGGCCACACGGAUGCAGCCACCAUUGCUGAGUGGAAGGAUGGCGUGAACGAGGCCUGGGCCGACCUGCUGGAGCUGAUGGAGACGCGGGGACAGAUGCUUGCUGCUUCACACCAACUACACAAGUUCUUCUCAGACUGCCGAGAGGUGUUAGCACAGAUUGAGGAUAAGCAGCGGAGGUUGCCUGAAGUUCAUGCGUGUCAAGGAGGCACUUCAAAUACCAGCACUCUUCAGAGACUUAUGCAGACGUUUGAACAUGAUAUUCAGCUACUUGUUGCGCAGGUAAGACAGCUACAGGAGAGUGCAGCACAGCUCCGAACGGUUUACGCCGGUGAGAAAGCAGAAGCGAUUGCCAUGCAGGAACACGAGGUGAUGCAGGCGUGGAAAGAGCUGCUGAUAUCUUGUGAGGACUGCCGGAUGCAGAUAACCACAGCCACAGACAAGCUACGUUUCUUUGGGAUGGUGCGUGAUCAGCUGAUGUGGAUGGAAAGCAUCAUCUGCCAGAUAGGAACUGGGGAGAAGCCAAGCUCUUUCCUCAGAGCUUUAAUGGGAUAUGGGCUCUCUGGUACUUGCAGGGAUGUGUCCUCCGUGGAGGUUCUGAUGAACUAUCACCAGAGCCUCAAGAGUGAGGUGGAGGCCCGCAACAAGAGCGUCCUACAGUGUAUCGAGUUGGGCAAGACUUUACUGGCCGCCCGUAACCCUGCAUCAGAAGAGAUCAAAGAAAAGCUGGAGAAGGUUUUGUCCAAGCAGCAAGAACUCACUGAGAAAUGGGAGAAACACUGGGAAGACUUGCAGCAGAUGUUGGAGGUGCAUCAGUUUGCUCAGGAAGCAGUGGUGGCAGAGGCCUGGCUCACCGCUCAGGAACCCCUCCUAAAUAGUAAUGAACUGGGUGGCAGUGUGGAUGAAGUCGAGCAGCUGAUUCGCAGGCACGAAGCUUUCCGCAAAGCUGCUGCCACGUGGGAAGAACGCUUCAGCUCUUUACGUCGCCUGACCACGGUAGAAAAGAUAAAAGCCGAGCAGAGUAAGCUUCCCCCAACUCCCUUAUUGGGGCGUAAGGUUUUCUUGGACCCCCAGGACUCUUCUCCAGCUCGCAGUAGCCCUUCCUCCAUUAUAAGACAGACCAUUUAUGAGCAGGGCGAGCCCCGGGCGGAGCGCCUCCCCCCGCAACCCUCUCCCUCUUCUGUGGCCCGCAGACUGGGCUCCACUGUGGCCAACUACACUCCCAUCAUGAACGGAGCUGCUACUUAUCGCCUUCAGGAAGCCAGGAAUGCUGGGAUUGUUGGUGUGGCCGCAGGACUGGGCACUGCUAUGGAGCAUAAGGUCACUCAGUUGCGAGCUGAUUUUAAGGGCCAGGUUCCACAGCAGAAGAUCGAACACAUCCAUGACGCGGUCCACCCCCUGCUGGAGAGGGAGCGGGAGCGCUAUCAUGAAAACGUGAUGGCGGAGGUGGUCCUCCAGGAGCCUGGUGGAGGACGAGAGCGGCUGAACAGUAUGGUGGGGGGGAGCGGGAGCAGUCGAUCUGAACUUCUGGUAGAGCAGCACCCACCGCCGAGGGAGUCGAGGUUGGAGAGACAACUUUCUACAGAGCAGCUGAUUCAGGCACGCAGGGAUGAGCUUCCUCAGGAGGUCUGGAGGGAACGAGCUGAAAGGGCAGAGAAAAAGCUGGAGAGGCAGACAUCUAGUGAACAUGAGGGUCACGAGGUGCGCCGGCGGGACAGACAUCGACUGGACAGACAGGAGAGCAGCGAGCAGGAGGCGAGAGAGCAGUCGGACAGACGAUCUGCAGGCGGGGAGAAAAGGUCCACAUUAGCAGAGAUUGUGGAGCAGCUUCAGGAAAGAGAAGCAGCACAGGCUAGGGGAGAGAUUCCACGUCUACCUAAUGGAUUGCCAGAAAAGUCUUCUCGACCAGACCGGCCACGGGCUAGGGACAGACCCAAACCGAGAAGACGACCACGACCCAAGGAACCAACAGCUGGCGAAACACGACGUUCAAGGUCUGCGCCAGCACAGAGCAGUCCACAAGUACCCUUGCCACCCACCCACACGGCCCAGCAUGAAGGAUUCCUCUUCCGCAAAAUAGACAUCGAGAGCCAAAAGAAGAGUUCAAACAGCAGAUCUUGGGUGAAUCUCUACUGCGUGUUGAAUAAAGGUGAGCUGGGCUUCUACAAGGAUGCGAAGAACACCGCCACACCUUACAACAACGAGCCACUUAUCAACCUGAGCCGUUGUGCCUGUGACAUCAAUAAUGGUUACAAAAAGAAGAAGAAUGUCUUCACACUCAAAACUAAGGAUGGAAGUGAGUUUCUGUUCCAUGCUAAAGAUGAGGACGAUCUGAAAAGCUGGAUCACAAGCAUAACCGCCAGUAUAAGUGAGCACGAAGAGCUUGCUAAAUUGGGGCAGACUCAUCCAACUACCUCAUCCACCGACGAGGGAACGCGCAGGGAUGGCAGCAGAGCCGGCGGUUCGGAAAGAGGCGAAAAGUCUGACCGAGCCGACGGGGGAUCGGUGCGCUCAGACAAGGGCGAAAAGCCUGAGAAAAAGACGGCCAAGAGGAAAUGAGCCACCCAACAGCAGUGCGGCAGGAGCCAGGACUUGGAAACUCUAGGGUAGUGCUCUAUGGGAAUCAGGAAAAACGAAGGCGUCACUGUGAACUCCCUUUAUGUCUUGCUGUCCAGCUGGAAUCAGGCAACUCGGUGGUGCACGGCGCUCAUGUGUCAGUGAGCGCCCUCUAGAGGCUGCCGAGGACUAUGACAAUUCAGGAGCUCCAUAUGGGCCAAAGAGCUGAUAGCAUAGGCAAAUGGAGGAUAAAAGAGAAAGAUGAUGUAGAAAAGUAGCUGAUGAAGAUUAUUUUCUAAUUCGUUCGUUAAAAAAAAAAGAUGACCCAUAUGUGCGUGUACCCGUCUCUCUCUCUCUCUCUCUUUGUAUAUUGUACGUCUCGACAUCAGUUCUAUACAAUCUCACGCUGAAUGGAAAUAUGCCAAAAUCUUUCUCGAGGUUGGUCUUUUUUCUGAAGAGCAUGUUUUGUCUGUUUCUUUUGUAAGUUGUUUUUGCUCUUUUAUACUCUUUAUCUUGUUGAUUUGUAUUCAUUGAUGGCUCUUCCACGCGAUUUCAAUUCUCGUCUUGCCACUUUGUAGACCACACGCCAUAUGACAUAUCAGAGCAUGCCUACAAGGUUUCAGAUGGAGAAAUAUGAACUGUCUUUUUUUUUUUUUCAAUAAAUGGAAGCAGCUCACCUGCCGUGAGUGUAUUCUCAGAUCUGAUUUCAAGGGUUUGUUGGUUAUUCCCCGCAGUCAUUCAUUAAUAAUCUCACAUUAUUAUGCAUUAAAUGUUGAGUGUGAGGUCAACUGCUUUUCUAAUGACUACCAAAUCAGUCGUGUAUGUGUCUAUGCAUGUACGCAUAUCAUCAAGCUAUUGUUUACAUUAUUUGAUUUAUACUCAGAAGUCUUCCAAGCACAGAACUGAUUGUUUUGUAGAACUCCAGAAGCGAAUCUUUUUUCAGUUUUUAACCACGCGUGAUGUUCCUUUUGACGUUAUUUCCAAAAAGUGAUCUGAAGGGAUUCAGGCGUUUGGUUUAACAGGUGAUGUGGUGCCAGAUGAAUGCCGUGUAGAUGUUAAUAUGUGAUUGUCUCUCCCGAUUGGAAAUGUGACUUUGAAUUGUGUAACUCUGCAGGUAAUAGAAUAGAAAGCCCAUAUAGCUAGCAAAAAAGCAAGGUUAUACUGCAAGAAAAGUGGUACAUGCUUUAGACAACUCUGCAAAGGAUGACACGCGUCCAGUUUUAUUAUUUUGGAGAUUUAGCUUUUUGAGAUUCCUCAAUAUACAUGCACAAGCUGCAGUUGAAAAUGAGCUGACUACAUAAUGAUGCGAUAUGCAUCGUACAGGGUUGAAACUAAACGUCAUAGUGUGUUAAAUGGAAAUGUAAUGGUUUCAGGUAUCAUAUUUGUGCCUCAUUGUCCGCUGUAGUCCUUUAAAUGUAAAAAAAAUGACUAGAAGCAAUGGUCCUCUUUCUGUAAAGAGAAAUGUAAACCAAUCACAGAGAACGAGGAGAUGAUGAUGAUGUUUAUGUACUUGCUUUUUUUUCAGUCAACUAGUCAUUUUCUCUCUGCAAGUUCAUGUUGGUUCCUUUAUCCGAACAGAGCGUCAUGCACAUGCUUUUGUAACGUCCCUGCUUUGAAAUAUACAAUUGUCAGCUCUUAUUUUUGUUCUCUAUACAAUUUCAAAGCAUUGUAUAUACAUAUACUGUAUAUAUAUAUAUAUAUAUAUAUAUAUAUAUAUAUCUCUCUAAAGAGCUUUCUGUGUCCGGGUCUGAAUUUCUCUUCCUUUGACGCCCUUGGUUUUGUCUCCAAGUCUAAUUUUUGGUACAAAAAAUCCUAUUUUUAUGCAAUAGAAUAACUUAUACAGGCCGAGGGUGUGCAGUAAAACGUAUCCAACGUGGUGGCGAAUGGAAAUAAUGUAUACAAUUGCGAGUAGAAAAUUUAUGCAACUUUUCCUUUGCACUAAAUUACUGCCCCAUUGCACAGUGCUAUUGUGAGCGGAGGAUUGGUGCUUGAGGGUCUGGGACAGGUUUUGUGAUUUUUGUUACAAAACAAUGCACUCAUUCGACUACUUGCGUAUGUACAGGGGAUAAUGUCCUUGGCUCACACUUUCAUUCAUACAUUAUCAUAUCAUGCAUUAAUACCUGCUGCUUGCAUCCCAUAUGAGUUUAAUCUGUUGAGACGUACAAGUCGAGUGUGUCGCCAUUUGGAAACAUUUCUGUAAAAAGCGAUUACUUAAAAAAAAGUCAGUAAAUCCACUGCCUUAAAAGUGACAAGUUGAUAACACUUAAAAAAAUGUAAGUGAUUAAGUUAUUAUUUAUUUGAAUUAUGCACAUACUCACCGGCCACUUUAUUAGGUACACCUGUCCAACUGCUCGUUAACCCAAAUUUCUAAUCAGCCAAUCACAUGGCAGCAACUUAAUGCAUUUAGGCAUGUAGACAUGGCCAAGACGAUCUGCUGCAGUCCAAACCGAGUAUCAGAAUGGGGAAGAAAGGUGAUUUAUGUGACUUUAAACGUGGCAUGGUUGUUGGUGCCAGACUGGCUGGUCAGAAACUGCUGAUUUACUGGGAUUUUCACGCACAACCAUCUCUAGGGUUUACAGAGAAUGGUCUAAAAGAGAGAAAAUAUCCAGUGAGCUAUCUGUGGAAGCAAAUGCUUUGUUGAUGUCAGAGGAGAAUGGACAGACUGGUUCCAGCUGAUAGAAAGGCAGCAGUAACUCAAAUAUCCACUCGUUAUAACCGAGGUAUGCAGAAGAGCAUCUCUGAACGCACAACACGUCCAACCUUGAGGCGGAUGGGCUACAGCAGCAGAAGACCACACCGUGUGCCACUCCUGUCAGUUAACAACAGGAAACUGAGGCUACAAUUUACACAGGCUCACCAAAACUGGACAAUAGAAGAUUGGAAAAACGUUGCUUUCGUUGCGUCGAUUUCUGCUGCCACAUUCAGAUGUUAGGGUCAGAAUUUGGCAUCAACAGCAUAAAAGCAUGGAUCCAUCCUGCCUUGCAUUAACGGUUCAGGCUGCUGGUGGUGGUGUAAUAGUGUGGGGGGUAUUUUCUUGGCACACUUUGGGCCCAUUAGUACUAAUUCAGCAUCGUUUCAACGCUACAGCCUACCCGAGUACUGUUGCUGACCAUGUCCAUCCCUUUGACCACAAUGGCACUUCCAGCAGGAUAAUGCACCAAGUCAUAAAGCGUGAAUCAUCUCAGACUGGUUUCUUGAACAUGACAAUGAGUUCACUGUACUCAAAUGGCCUCCACAGUCACCAGUUCUUAAUCCAAUAGAUCACCUUUGGUAUGUGGUGGAACGGGAGAUUUGCAUCAUGGAUGUGCAGCCGACAAAUCUGCAGCAACUGCGUGAUGCUAUCAUGUCAAUAUGGACCACAAUCUCUGAGGAAUAUUUCCAGUACCUUGUUGAAUCUAUGCCACGAAGGAUUAAGGCAGUUCUGAAGGCAAAUUUUGGUCCAACCCGGUACUAGUAAGGUGUACCUAAUAAAGUGGCCGGUGAGUGUAGUUCACUUACCUAAUAUUUUUAAGUCAAUGGUUUACUCACUUUUUUUUUAAAGUGACACUUUUUACAGUGUUAUUAAAUCCAAGAUGCACUGAAUCAGCAGAAAGCACAACCCCAACAGCAAAUAUGUAUUAUGUUUUAAUAGUCUUUAAUAGCUAAUGUUUUGGGGGAUUGUUCUGGUGUCUAUAUUCUUAAAGUUGUUUAAUUACUUUUAUAUUUGUAUAUAUAUACACCAACACACAGCAUCACACAUGCUUUGUGAGUUUUAUGGCAUAUGAUGAACCCUGUAAUAUUUUUAUCUCUAAACGUUUGGGGAGCUAGUGUGUCAGACCCUUAAGCACCAUUGGUUUUAGCUCAGCAGCUCAGUGAUGACCUGUACAAAUUGUAAUUGCUUCUGUACAGACAACAAAAAUCCUCUUUUUUUCUGCUGUGAAAUAAGAACAUUUUAUGGGUUUUAAUAUCAGUUUGGAAUAAUAAUAUCAAUAAUAAUGAUGGGGUUAUUUCUUUAAAGCUCAAAGGAAAGAAAUGGAAAGGAAACUUGGGCGAUUCAGGUUGCAUGAAUGACAUUGUCCCUGUAAUGGUACUGCUGUGCAUGAAGAAAACCACUCCCAUUCUCACUCACAGCCACUGUACAAGGGUGACACUAAUACACAUGGAAACAGUGAAUGAAUGAAUGCUGUAUAAUUCAGAUCCUGACUGACUCUGUACAGUUAACUCCUUGAUAAAUACAGCUUGUGAUAUGUCAAA